UGACAGUGACAGUCGAACGCCGGUAACCGGCGCACGCGCAUUCCAGUUAACGAUGGCGGUUCUAAAAAUAAUUUCAAUUCUGUUCCUCGUCGUGGCAGUAAACAGUCAAGGGCCAAAUCCCAUAAUACGUGUAGCGAAUGGUAUUCUGCAGGGCACGUGGAAAAGGUCCACCAAUGGAAGGAAUUAUGCCAGCUUUUUGGGAGUGCCCUAUGCCUUGCCGCCGAUCGGAAAAUAUAGGUUUAGAGAGCCGCAACCAAUGAAACCAUGGGCAGGUAUAUGGGACGCCAGCAAGCCGCUGACGGAAUGUCUUCAAUACGAUCCAUUCCGGAAGGUGAUAUCAGGUGGAGAAGAUUGUCUAUUCAUAAACGUCCACACUCCGAACCCAAAUGUCGGCGCUUCGUUGCCAGUGGUCGUCUUCAUCCACGGGGGAGCUUUCAUGUUCGGAAACGGAGGAGCUUACGGCCCUGAAUACGCUAUGGAUAGAGAUAUGGUCGUUGUGACAUUCAAUUAUCGCUUGGGACCUUUAGGUUUCCUGAGCACGGGAGAUGAAGCAAUAUCUGGCAACGCAGGAUUAAAAGACCAGUCUCUUGCCUUGAAGUGGGUGAGGGAUAACAUCUUGAUGUUCGGCGGCAACCCUGACAGCGUCACACUCACUGGUUGUUCCGCCGGCGGCGCUAGUGUGCACUACCACUAUCUCUCUCCACUAUCUAGAGGAACUUUCCACCGAGGAAUCGCAUUCAGUGGUUCGGCGUUUUCCUCCUGGACGCAUGCUGUGAAACCUGCGCAGAAGGCCAAGCAACUAGCUGCCGUUGUCGGCUGCCCCACCACCAACACCCGCGAAAUGGCCGAGUGCCUCAAAUACAGACCCGGAGAAGUCAUAGUCAACGCGCAAAUCGAGAUGUUUGAUUGGACACAACACUUUUUCACCCCGUUCACACCAACGGUGGAAGCACCGGGAACUAAGAAUCCCUUCCUAACUCAGUACCCUUACAUCGCAACCCAAGCUGGAGCCAUGCAUCGUCUCCCACUCAUCACCUCAGUCACUUCUGAAGAGGGAUUGUAUCCUGCAGCUGCAUUCCAAUUAGACCCCAGCAUACUAUCUGAACUGGAGUCGAGAUGGGAACACCUCGCCAGCAACAUGUUCGUGUACAACGACUCCUUGCCUCUGGAGCAGCGCUCCAGUGUGGCGCAGAAGAUUAAGCAGCAAUACUUGGGCGGUAACCCUGUGGGGCAGGAUACUUUCGCAGGACUUGUACAAGCUCUAGGCGAUCGCUUAUUUGCGGUGGACGUCGGAAAACUGGCUCAAAUACACGCCCAAAAAUCCCUCGAACCCACAUAUCUCUACCGCUACUCAUAUCGAGGACAAUACAGCUUAUCAGACUUGAUGACCCAAAGCGCGAAAAACUACGGAGUAAGCCAUGCUGACGAUGUAUUGCUGAUCUUUAAAUUCCUACCAUUCGAGCCGACAAGUCCAGAAGAUCUACAGAUGAGGCAAAUUCUUCUCGACAUAAUCUACAAUUUUGCCACGACUGGAGUGCCAAGAAUUCAGAAUGGUCCCGUAUGGGCGCCAGUCAAAUCGGGACAAGUAGAAUUGGAUUACCUCCAAAUAAACGGACCAAAGGACAUGCAAAUGAACUCUAGCGCCGACUUCGGGCAUAGAGCAUUCUGGGAUAGCCUCGGCUUAUCGAAAAUGAAAACUAUCGCGUGAAUAUUCGGGAAGAAUUGUAGAAUGAGUAUAUUCCUUGUUUUAAAAAAAAAUAUUCUUAAAUAUAUAUGUACUGUUUUGAUAAUUUUUAUUCAUAAAAAUAUCCUGUUUGUCGUGUUUUAUUUUUAAAUUGAAAAAUAUGGUUAGGUUAUUGUAGAAAUUAUUCUUAAAAAAGUUUUUAUAAUUAUUAUUCAUAAAACAAUUCAAUUUGAUGUGUUUGUGCAAUCGAAGUAAAUAGUCAUUCGAUAGUAACUCUCAUAGACUAUUUACUUAAUUAAGUUUACUACUUCAGAAAUGUAAAGAUAUACCUACUGAGAGAAAAGAUUUAAUAAAACGCAAAGAUUAAUAAUUUGGACAUUUUAUUUCAUAUUAUUAUAUACUGUUUUCAUUACAUGAAAAAGCUUUACAUCUUCCCUAAAAUGAGUAAUUAUAGUUAAAUUGCACACAAAUUCUAAAACUGUGAACCACAACAGUGAAUAAUAUAUAGUAAUUCCAGCUUACAUUAUGAAAUAUGGUGGGGCGUAAGAAGCCGAUGCACAUUGGUGUACCAAGGUGCUGGAAUGGCGACCCCGAAAGCAGAGGACUUGGUUGACCCCCACUAGAUGGACCAAAGAUAUUAAAUGCUUAGUAUUCAAUCAUAAACUAAAAAUGGAUGUUAGAAUGCACAAUACCAUUGAUGCAAGCACUUGAAGCUACUUUGCAAUACAUUACUUUCUUUUGCAUGGUUUCCUUUAGGAUUUAUGCCCAAUUUAACAGCAAAUAAUAAAGCAAAAUAUGAAUAUUUAAAAGCAUAGUAUUGAUUUUCUAAAACCAUU